UCCCGCUCCUUCUUUUCCCAGGAGAGCCUCAUUAUGUUUAGUUUGUCCUGGAAGUGGAGGGAAUAGACCAGGAUCGGCCUUGGUCCGGCUCUGGGGUCCAGCUUGGUGAAGGAUGGAGAGCGGUGGCACCUCUGGAUGACAGGACGGGCGGGAAAAUUAGCUCCGGCAAGAAGCUGCGGGAUCAGACGAGUCAUGAAGGAUGUCCUAACCCUCGGGUUUCUCAGGGACAGAGAUGAAGUCCGGCUCCGGCUCGAUCUUUCAGGUAUGGUCCCGUACUGAUGGCGCACUCUGAGCUGUUUGUGACGAGAGCUCCCUCUGUGGAGGGGAAAGGUGUUGAGCUGGAUGUCCUGAGUUUUCUGGACUCUUUAGGGGAUGAGAACAGUACUGCAGAGAGAUGCUACCGCUCACACUCCCGCAGCAGCGUCCUCCAGGGUCUGCCGUUUGGAGGGGUGCCUACAGUCCUCGCCAUCAAUGUCGUGCUCUGGAUGUUCCUGUUGCUCAUCUUCUCCUGCCUGAGGAAGGCUGCAUGGGACUACGGCCGCCUGGCUCUGCUGAUGGAGAAUGACAGUCUCACAUCCCUGUUUUAUGGAGAACCAAGUGAGAAAGAAAAGUCCCCGUCAGAAUCCAGCCCCUCUGACUCUGAGACCAAGGACAUGGGCUUCUGCUCGUGGCUCUCAUCACUUUACCAUAUGAAGGAUGAGGAGAUCCGUAGCAAAUGCGGCAUCGACGCCGUCACAUACCUGUCCUUCCAGCGCCACAUCAUCCUGCUCAUGGCGGUGGUUUGCCUGCUGUCUUUGGCUGUAAUCCUGCCGGUCAACUUUUCCGGGAACCUCCUGGGAGACAGUCCUGAAAACUUUGGAAGAACAACACUGGCUAAUGUUAGUGCAAAGGACAGCUUUCUGUGGCUCCACAGCAUCUUUGCUCUGGUCUACUUCAUCAUAACAUCGCUGUGUAUGGCUCACCAUCUGAUCCGGCUGGAGUACAGAGAAGAUGAGAAGGUAGCCAGGACGCUGAUGAUAACCUCCAUACCAAGAGAGAUCUCUGACCCAGGACUCAUCACCAAACACUUCCAUGAGGCCUACCCCAGCUGUACUGUCACUGAUAUCCGUUUCUGCUUUGAUGUUCACAAGCUGAUGAGGCUGGACCUCGAGAGGCGUAAGGCAAUGAAAGGCAGGCUCUAUUUUGCCACAAAGGCCCAAAAGGAGGGGAAGAUCAUGAUCAAGACCCAUCCAUGUGCUCAGAUAUUCUGCUGCGACAUCUGUGGCUUCGAAAAGGUGGAUGCAGAACAGUACUACAGCGAGUUAGAAGAAAAACGCACAGACGAGUUUAAUGCCGAGAAGAACCGCAUCUCCAUGAAGAGGCUGGGCAUCGCCUUUGUGACUUUUCGUGAUGAGAGGAUGACUGCUGUCAUUGUGAAGGACUACAGCUGUGUACGCUGCCGUCGUAGACCUCAACAGUCCAGCAUCACCACUGUGGUGCAGUCGCACAAAUGGGGGGUCAGCUAUGCACCUGCUCCUAGUGACAUCAUCUGGGAGAACCUGUCGGUGUGCGGAUCUCGCUGGUGGCUCCGCUGUGUCCUCCUCAACAUCCUCCUCUUCCUGCUGCUCUUCUUCCUCACCACCCCCGCCAUCAUUGUCAACACCAUGGACAAGUUCAACGUCACAAGGCCCGUGGACAGUCUGCGGAGCCCCGUCAUUACCCAGUUCUUCCCAACCCUCCUGCUGUGGGCGUUCUCGGUGCUCCUGCCCUUCAUCGUCUACUACUCAGCCUUUUUUGAGUCCCACUGGACCAGAUCUGGUGAGAACCAAGUGACGAUGCACAAGUGCUUUUUCCUGUUGGUCUUCAUGGUCAUCAUCCUGCCCUCACUUGGUCUGUCCAGUCUGGACCUGUUCUUCACAUGGCUCUUUGAUGUACACUUCUUGGAUGAAAAGGAGGUCAAAUUCCAGUGUGUGUUUCUGCCUGACAACGGUGCAUUCUUUGUAAACUAUGUGAUCACGUCCAGUCUGAUUGGCACAUCUAUGGAGCUGCUUCGUAUCCCAGCGCUGACGGUGUACGCAGUCCGCCUCUGCUUCGCUAAGUCCCAAGCCGAACGCAUUCAUGUCAAACGGAGUCAGGCCUAUGAGUUCCAGUUUGGCCUGGAGUACGCCUGGACCAUGUGUAUCUUUGCAGUCAGUAUGACCUACAGCAUCACAUGUCCUAUUAUUACGCCCUUUGGUCUGCUCUAUGUGAUUCUGAAGCACAUGGUUGACCGAUAUAACAUCUACUAUGCAUACGUUCCCACCAAACUCAGCCAGCGGAUCCACAGAGCAGCCAUCAACCAGGUCAUCCUGGCUCCCAUCCUCUGCAUGUUCUGGCUGCUCUUCUUCUCUACGCUCAGAUUAGGUCCAGUGCAUCCCAUCACCCUCUUCACCUUAGUGUCCCUGCUGUCCUGUAUUGCCUUUUCCCUCUUCCGCUUGUGCCUUAGGAAGCAGCCAGACAAGUCAACGAGCUACCAGAUGUCUGAUCAGCCAGCAGAGGGGAUAUUUGUUGAUGGAGACAGGACGACUGUAACAUCCACCACCGCCUCCAAUCUGUUUGUGGCAUCCGUGCUGCUGGAGCCAGAGCUGGCUUUGACUCCCAUGCCCUCCCCAGCCCACCACAGCUACGGGGCCAUGGCCAGCUCCCAGAGUUCAGUCCAUGGCCCAGCGGAGGAAGAGGAGUGCGAGGAAGACCACGCCCAAACUCAUGAGACUGAGCUCCAAGACCCCCCGGACCCUUGCUGCUCCAGCCCUCUCAUGGACAGCCCCAUGGGCUUCCACUAACACCAAAUCCCCCAAGCUGAUUCCACUUGUUUUCACCUGUGGACUGCUAAACGCUGCAAUGCUGACCUCAGACUCCAACUAAGCUGCCUCAGACCCUGAGACCAGACUGGGUUUGUUAGAAAGGAUUAAAAACCAGGUGAGGAAAGAAGCUUGAUAUGUCAGGAGCAGGAUCCAUGUUAACAUCACUACAAAUAUGUAGACAGCAGUUUACCAAAACAUUUCUUGGACACAAACAUCAAUCUCCACAGAAGAUACAUCCCUAAAUGUACAGAUUACUUUAUUUAAACUAUUGGAUGCUCCAUGUCAGGAAUAACAGCUUCCUCUACAGCUUCAUUUGCAAGUUAAAAAGGUUUAGCGACCUGGGUGGAAUUGCCAUAUACUCUGUCCAUGCGGUGCCACUUGGACAUGAGUGACAUGAGUGGAGGUGAAAGUUCCCAUCAGAGUGGGUGGUGUGAGCAGGCUCGCCCCGGCAGAGUGGUCUGGUUGCGGGUGAUAUGUGGUUCCUCGGCGGUAGAGCUUGGGAAGGCUGAGGGUGAGGGCAGCUAGUUGUGAAGCCAUCUGCAGUGAGAGAGCAGACAGACGGAGAGCCAAAUGUAUCUGUGAGAUGUAUUAUAAUAUAUGUACACUCUCUCCACGGAGGCACAAGCAGCUUGACUGUACCUGAAGCUUGUUGUAACUAUUAUCAAUUUAAGGUUGCUAUUUUUGCUACAGUAUUUUUGGUGUCAUUGAUAUUGCGCUUUGAUUUGGGGGCAUGGGUUUCUGGAUAUUGGAUAAGGAUUUGCAGAGCCGUCCCAUCUUAAUCAGACGUUUCCCUUAUUAUCCCGUUUUUACUGUGUAUGUGACACAAUCAAAUUCUUAUUUCUGUAUUCUAAAGAAGUAGUUCAGCAUUUAACAUAUGCUAGUUGUUUUUUUGGCAGAGAGUUAGAUGAGAGGACCAAUACCACUCUUACAUCUUAACAGUAAAUAAAGCCUCAUUCCCACUGCACAAAAAAUCUGCUAACAUCCAAAACCAUCAAUUGUUUUUAUGCAGUGGGAAAGCGGAUGAUCAGCAUUCACACCUUGGUCAAAUGACUCUGUAGUAGACACAGGUAUUUACCGCAUCCAGCUCCAAUGGGCAUUGAUGGGAACACAACACCUGGCUGAAUGCACUCCUUAGCCAGCAAGAUGCAAUGACAUGAUUACCACGCGUCUCCACAAAGGCAGCGCUAAAACAUAGAUCCAAAUCAGUCUGCACCGAGUUUGAAAGGCAGACUGAAUAAGAGAUAUAUUAAGAUAAGUAACCACCAUAGAGAUUCCACAGACCUCUGUCCAUGCUGCUUUCUACUGUUUACCUGUUCUCCAGUCCGUCCGCAAUGUCACAUGGGCACACCAGAAGUACUCACACACUCAAACACACAAAAGGCACAUGCAUCUGCUGCAGAGCCAUGUACAAACUGUGCUCUGCUGCUGAUGGGAAAGCAGUCUCUAACCUGUUUUUUUCUGGGUGUACCCAUGUUUGAAAAACCCUGGUGCACGUGAUAAUUUUGUUGGGAAAGGCGUAUAAGAAGCUACGGCCAUUCAACUUAGCUUAGCACAAAGAAAAUACUUGCCUCAGAAACUAUGAUAGAUCUUGGAUAGCCCAAGCAACCUCUUACUGUCAUCGAGCAGUAACCUCCAGGGCUGAAAAAUGAAGCCUACACAAAAGUGUGCAAGUAAAGGGCAGUUGCUCAAAUGGCCACUUGAGGCUGGCUCCAAAAGUGGGUCAAUUCCCAUAGACCCCAAUGUUAAA